AGGCAAAAAGUUGAUAGUUAUGUUGUAAAUAUGGUUGUUGAAAAGGGUUUCAUUGAUGCUACAAGAUGCGGAAACAUUGGAAGAUUCAUAAACCAUAGCUGUUCUCCUAAUCUUCAAGUCAUGGAGGUUAUGUAUGAUGACAAUGAUAAGAACCUUCCCCAUAAAAUCUUUUUUGCAUUACAGGACAUACCUGCUGGAAGAGAGCUGAGUUUUGAUUACAACAUCUGCAAGCCAAGGGUUAUCGGGACUGGCAGCAACAUUUGCCAAUGUGGUUCGUCCAAAUGCGUUGGGCGAAUUUACAUUUAAAGGUAUUAACUAUUAAUCAACACCAUCCUUUUUGGUGUAUGGUGAUAGUAAAUUAGGUUGCUAGAAGUUUGACAACAUUAGAUGCUAGUUUAACUAACUAGAUGGUUUUAAAAGAAGUGGUUAUAGUUCUUACCCUGUAAAGAAAGCUGUUGUUAGCUAUUAAAAUAGUUCUAGAGUCAUGGCAAUGCUAGCUUGUGUGAGUAUCUGCUCUAGUAGAUUUUGGAAUAGAACUCAAUUCUAUGAUAAUAGUUGUUGUAUAUGUUAAAUGGAAACUGACUUAAAUAGUAGACCAUCCAUUAUGAUGUGUGUGUAUCCAUGUUUUGCAUUCACUAUCAUAAAUGGUGUGGUGACAAAUUCUCAUCUUAUGAUAUUGUUCUUGAUUCUUCAA